CAAGUAUGCACCAUUCUGUACACUUCAGUUUACUGAACUUUCAGUUUGAUACAUUGAAACUUCUUACUGGAACCAUAUUCACCUGAAGGUCUUUACAUCUGAAAAGCUUCUUUGCUGUAUCAUAUCAUACUGAAUUUCUAUUGGUUGUUCAUCUGAGGAUUCCGAGUAAACCAGGAUGUUGUCCACUGCAGCUUUUAUUCUCAUUGUCACCAGUAAAGUUGUCCUAGGACAGGAUCACAGAGUGCCAGUUAAAGGAGAGAUAUUUCAAUUGGAUAUGGCACUGGAUUCAGUUGAUGACCAGUAUGAUGGUUGUAUAGAGGAGAUGAAAUACCUGGUGGAGACUAAAUAUCUAAACAAAGAAAUCAAUGCUGACAUAUCUCACUUUAAAGAAGCUUGGAACGAGGGUAAAAGCAAAUACCCUAGACCACAAGAUAACUUUUUAAUUGCCAUUUUUGUGUACACUGGUCGUACAGUAUACAAUCAAUUCAUUCAGGAUGUUAUGAAUGGUAAACAUAAAUAUGAAACCAAGAAAUACUCAUGGUAUUCACUUCACUUUUUGUUGACAGAAGCGAUACAGAUUUUAAAGAAAACAAAUGAUGAUUGUGAAACAACUUAUCGUGGUACCAAAGUUAUGUUUAAUGAAAAUGUUCCGAACAAAGAGAUUCGGUUUGGCUCAUUUGCAUCCUCCUCUCUUGAUCGUAAAGUAGCAGAGCGGUUUGGAACUGAAUCUUGUUUUGAAAUCAAGACUUGUUAUGGUGCUGAUGCAGAAUACUCCCAGUAUAAUAAUGAGAAAGAGGUGUUGAUUCCCCCAUAUGAGAAAUUUUAUGUGACUGAAAUCAAGAAGGAUGACUGGUGUAAGACUGUGUUUGUGUUGGAAAGCUCUGGAAUAAGAAGUGACUUAAACUGUUCAGUGGCAUCAGCUGAGUCCCAGAUAUCUCACAAAUGUUUAUCUCUCCAGCAACCUGGGGAUGUACAGCGGAGCCAAUAUCUCUAUCUGCUGCAAUAUCAAAAUGAUUUGUAUCUGUAUUUGGAUAAAACCGAAAGUGGGCCGGGUUAAAACAGCAGUAUUCUAUUCUAUUUAAAAGGGACAUCUUACAAGACAUUUUUAAGA